AUGAACGGAGGUGUCACUCUUGAAAACGUUCUGAUGCAGCAAAUCGUUGCUGCGACCUGGACGGACCAAGACUGCGCCCGUCGCGAACCACGCAAUGCGGUACGGUUCAUAGCGCUGGGUGCUGGCGGCGUCCUGGUCUGGUCUGGCAAAAAGGGGAUCGCUGGCGUCUCAGGCCAAGUUUCAGAGGCGAACAGCAGCAAAGGGGGCCAUGCACUCGGACUGUCCCGUUGUGCUGGACAAUUGCGGAAAACGGGACAGGGUCCCAAGGGCCAGGGGACGGGGAACAUCUGGAACUGGGCGUUGAAUGUGACCGGGGUUUGCGAAUGA